UUUAUAACGCCGUCGCGAAACUCGGCUUUAUUCACCGGUUACAACAAAAGACUAUCGACAGACAAUCCCUGGAACCAAACACUCGCGGUGGCUUGGUGUUCGUCGGAUCUAGCUCCACGACGCCGUUUCGCCCCUAAUCACAUUUGUCUGCGCAGAAUGGACAGUGACUUGCCACUGGAAAAACUAUCAUUAGGGUCUAAAGAUCAUUAUACCGGGAAAAGAACAUGUGUAGUUUUACUUUCAGCUGGAAGUUUCAAUCCUCCAACAUAUAUGCAUUUACGUCUUUUCGAGCUUGCGAGAGAUGCACUAAAUUCAGAGGGGUUCUCUGUUAUUGGAGGAUAUAUGUCGCCGGUAAAUGAUGCAUACAAGAAAAAGGGUCUUUUAUCAGCUGAACAUCGGAUCCCAAUGUGUAAUCUUGCUUGUAGAAGUUCUGAAUUCAUAAUGGUGGACCCUUGGGAGGCAAAUCAGAGUACCUUUCAGCGGACAUUAAGUGUUUUAUCCAGAAUCAGGAGUUCAUUGUGUGAUAAUGGAUUGGUACCAAGUGCAUACCUUAAAGUCAUGCUUAUCUGCGGCUCUGAUCUACUUGAAUCUUUCAGUACUCCUAAAGUAUGGAUUCCCGAGCAGGUCAGAACAAUAUGUAGAGACUAUGGCGUAGUUUGCAUCCGGCGAGAAGGUCAAGACAUUGAGAAACUUAUUGCCAGUGAUGAAAUUUUGAAUGAAUGCAAGAGUAACAUCAAAAUUGUCGAUGAAAUUGUUCCAAACCGAAUUAGUUCAACAAUAGUGAGGGAUUGUGUUUCCAGGGGUUUGUCGGUAAAAUACCUGGUGCCAGACGAAGUAAUUGACUACAUCAAACAACAUAAUCUGUACACAAACUCUACAUAAAUUUGAGAAUUUCUUGGCUGGAUUGAGAAGCGAAGAAUCUUGCUUGUACAAUUUAAUAACUUACCCUUUAAGGGUAAGAUAAUUUGGGGAUGUGUCAAUUAUAACUUUGAAAUCAGACGCCUGUUGUGUUGGGUUGCAUAUGUCCACAGAUGUUGAGAUUACAUAUUGUUAGUUUAGCAAGAUAUGCAAUGAGAUACCGGCGGUUUUCUUCAUACUUUACCUGUAUUGUGCAAUAGAAAGCAAAACGUGCUGUCUUGUAUUGUAUUAUCUAUUCCUCUCUACAUAGAUGUUGCGAAAAUUAGGUUGUGUCUAGUGUGGAGGACUUACUCGCUUCCAGAUUCUGCAUCUUCGGAAUAUGUGAAUCACCUUUUCCGAUUUUGAACUUCUGCAACUAAGAUACAUGUAAUUGCUUAGAUUUGUCUAUUGAUUUAAUAGAUUUAAUGACAUAGAAAGUUUGUUAAUUUGUGUUUGUCGUUUGUGGAAUUGGUGAAAUAGUUAUGAUUUGUGAAAUUAGUGA